UGACAAUAACAACAUGACAAGCCCAGAGUACACUGACCAACUCUACUCUUUUUCAUUGGUCARCGGUCAAUUGCAACGGAUACGAAGUCACUAGACUUCGAACAAAUUAUCACGCUUCAGAGUGAAAAUCAAACAUGACUCGGAAACUGGGAUAAUUGAAACGAAACCUCACUUCAAGAAAGCUAAACCAUCAUGAAGACGCUUCGGACAAUUCGAGCUCUGCUUUUUGUAUCGCUUUCAGUUUAUAGUACGACUGCGACCGCGAUGGACGGGACAGAUGAUGAUAGCGAGAUGGCGUUCAAUAGUCUUCUUUCGUAUAGACUAGUCCUGCCUUUAGACGUUAAAAAUAUUACGAGAAAGACUACAAAUGUUGCCAACAAAAUCCAUUGUGCGUUUGCUUGUGUCAGAGAGAACUGGUGUCAUUCGGUUAAUUUUGAAGUCACAUCACCAAACCGUAGAAUCCACAAGUGUGAACUGAUGUCAAUUACUGGUGACAAUUUUCCAGAUGCCCUAACAAGAAAUGAAAGAUAUAUUCACUUUAUAAAGCUUUCAGUUGAUCCCUGCAGCAUGAAWCUUUGUCUAAAUGGUGGGGUUUGUAAAGCCAUUAGUAACAGAAUGAACGACUAUCAAUGCCAGUGUAAAARAGGAUAUGACGGAGAAAAGUGUGAAAACGAGGGGCUGAAAACUUCCAAUAUCCUCCGUUMCCAUGGCAAUUCCAGCUACUUAGACGUUCUAAGUGGCUUCUUAGCUCCAGUGCUUCAGAAUCAAAGUAGUAGUCGGUGGGUAAAGUGCUGGCACGCUGCAACAGAUGGAUGGGAUGUAACAACCACAUUCCACCCACAAUGUGAUGGCAAGGGACCCACAGUGACUAUUGUUCGUGUAGGUAGCUACGUGUUUGGGGGAUAUACCAAUGUAUCAUGGCACGGAAAUGGAACAUAUUCUUCAUCAUCAAUAUCAUUUCUGUACUCACUGUACAACACGAAUGGAUAUCAGCCUACAAAAAUGGAACUGCUUGAACUUUGCAAGCAUGAAGCUAUUUAUGGAAACAAUGCCCAUGSGCCUACAUUUGGUUGUGGCUAUGACCUGCAUAUAUCGAACCAAGCGACCACCAAUCGUGAUUCCUAUUCUCAGUUCUCCUCAUACCAACCACCCCAAGGAUGUGACCGAAAAGUCCGCUGUUCUGUACUUGCUGGGAGCGGUGAUUUUAGCCCAAGUGAUGUAGAAGUAUUCUAUGAAACGACGAGUUGAAAAGAAGUUGUAGAGGAACUCAAGACUUUUAAUGGAACAUGGGACAGUUUUUUGUGACUGUGAAAAACGUAUGAGGUCGUGUGAGAAAGUUAUGGUAAGGUCGUGCUGUGCCGUCACCGUGACGGUAAUCUCUUGUGUGACUGAGAAAAUUAUGUUAAGGUCGUACUGUGCCGUUAUUCCUUGUGACUGUGCUAAACCUACGAGGCUUUUAAGUUGUGACGUAUCAGUUCCGGGUCCAACUGUACAUAAAAAACGCUGAAAUAAAGAGAAAAAUGUCCUCAAAUGAUUUAGGUUCCACCCUAAACAAUUAGAAAUUUGUACAAUAAAGACUAUCAUUGAGAAAAAGUAAGAAAAAUCUCGAUGGAACUGCUUUUCUUUUUGGACCCGAAAGUCGUUUUUCCAUACCAUUGACGUCAAACUUAAAAACCCUUAUAAUAACUUUGAGGUAGAUGUUAUUAUCAAUGACCCCACCCCCUCUUCUUGACCGUGUCAAAAUUGUAUUACUUCUUCUAUAUGCCCUUUUGAUGUCUAGUGAUAUAUUAUCGAGUUCACUUGCCUCGCAAAGUUGACUGAGCCUGCUAAAUUUACCAACAAAUCAUAACCUUGGCAAUACAGGAAUCAUAUGGUGUUUGGCAUGAUUUUGCGUGAUAUUGGACUUUACUAAGAGUUAUCAACAAUAUUACAAUAAAGCCUCUGCAAACACUAAUGGUAGCGUAGUUUUUGUCUCCGGCAAAUAUUUUUAUGUCAACUGACCUGUAGUCAUUGUUUUUAUGGAGAUAAUAUUUUUUCCAGACAAUUUUUUAAGUAAAAAAGUAAACGUUUAAGAAACAGCUUAAAAAUACCCAUAUAUUUCUAGCACUCCAUUUACAUCACACAGGCUAUAUUUGGUUUGGGAUGCUAGGCAACGCGAAGUCAUGUGCCAGAGUUGUUACUCGGGAGCUUACGUCAAAAUUUGAAUAAAACUUAUGUAAGCAUU